AUGCGCCGCCGAGCCGCGGGACCGGUGCCGGCCGGAAGAGGGCCCCAUGCCGCCGCGGGCCCAGCCCCGUCCGACGCCCAGUCCGACUCCAUCGCAGCGCUCACCAACGACAUCGCCGCGCUCACCGUGGACAUCCCGCUGUCCAACAAGCCCAAGAGGAGGCAGAUCAAGCCGUUCCGCUUCUUCGACCUGCCGUCGGAGCUCCGCCUCAAGAUCUACGGCUACCACUUCGGCGCCAUCGACGAGGUCCUCGACCUCGACCACGACAACUGGAAGCGCAUCCACCACAAGCUGGCCAUCUUCCGCACCUGCCGCCAGGUCUACCGCGAGGCGAGCUACGCCUUCUACACCACCCACACCGCCCGCAUCUUCCCCAUCUACGGCAAGUUCUUCAAGACCAAGAAGCCCCUGCUCGCCCGCAUGAAGCCGCGCCCGCGCGGCGUCCUGACGUCGCUCGAGCUGCGCCUGGGGCCCGGCUGGAACGGCCCGCCGCGCGGCUGGGUCGUCAACGACGCGCUCGGGCUCCGCGACUGCGUCAACGUGCGCCGGCUGCGGGUCUUUGUCGAGAUCGACCCCAGCAACGACGUGUGCAAGGGGUUCCGGCGCUCCGAGGGGUUCUACGAGAAGUUCUCGCGGGACCUGCUGACGGCCGUGCUGGCCGAGAUGCCGUGGUGCCAGACGGUCGAGUUCGACGCCAACCCGAGCGUCAAGAAGGCCGGCGCCAUGAUGCGCGGCCUCAUCGACGUGGCCACGGGCCAGAGCCGCCGGCUCGCCUGGGGCCCCGAGAAGGGCUGGGACGACGGCGACGAGCCCGACGAGCCCGAGCCCGUCGUCAACAACGCGCCCAUCGGCGUCCCGGCCAUGCUGGACGGCCAUGUCAUGAUCACGCCCGUCAACGACGGCCACAACCACAAUAUUUUGGUGUUUGCGUAG